AUGGACACAGAGCUAAUAAGUGAGAUUCUUAGGUCUGUGAAGAGUGACUCACAAACUGUUUACUCGUCUCUGACCUCUUCCAUAUAUCGCAUACAUGAACUUGCUGAUGAACGUGUUCUGGCCAACAUUUCACGCAGGCCGCAUAACAAUCUCACCAAUGCUGCUGCAACUUCUGCAGAAUUCUCCCAUGACUCGUUGCUGCAUAUGAGUGACGUAGACAAAACUCUCGCCAGGGCGCUUUACGGUGUAUCCUUGCCGUACACCAACGGUGAUCUUCUGGACGGUGAGGACUCCCACGCACUCUUGACAAAUUACUUUGCUCGGGCGUAUGACACGUUGGGGAAUAAGCCUCCUGCUACCCCUUCAUAUGCAGACAUUCUGGUCUCUCAAACUCUUUCUGCCGGGCAGCCAUGCGCCUACGAUUCACCCAGUUUCAUCUCUUUUUUAAUUCAAGAUAAUCUUGCUGCGUAUACCCAACUCAAGCAUGUAGAACGUAGCUUGCUGUUCAAGCUCAUCGUAGCCAAUCAGUUUGCAAGCCCCCGGAAUCUAUGUCGACUCUCACUCCUGCAGGCAGAGAUUACUCGACACAAGCAAGCCGCACUUGACUUAUUGACCAGGCUUGUCUCUCUAGCUGUCCAUUCGCACAUUGUUCUUCCAGAUCAUCUUCUCACAAAGGUCUUUUCUUGCUUCCUAGAAUCAGAGGUUAACUUCGAGAGCAAAGAUACCAUUAUUACUCGCUUAAAGACAGAGCUUCGUGUCUUGGGAUUGGACUCCAACGCAGUAUCCUUCGAUCUGGCUUCGUGCACGAAGCGAGCAGCCGUUGAUGGUGCCUCUGUGGGUAACAUGGGUCUCAAUACCGCUAUUAGUGCGGUCUUUGCGGGGGUGGAUCACUGGAUAACCACUGAAGACGUUAAGGCCUCUGUUCGGCGUCAUGUCUGGACACUCAGCUUUUUGGACGAGAUGCUUCCCCAACUGGACUAUACUUCGCUGGUUCACCAGGAGCUAACAAUACUGGAUGCAAUGAUAGAGGCCAGAACAUUUAACGACGUAUCCUUGUCCUUCGUGGACGACGCGAGCACCCACGCUAUGAGUCACCAGAACUUCGUUUCAGCCAAUGGUACAGAGAAUAUCUUUAGCAAACCUUCCACUAUCCCUUCCUCAACAAGAGCAGGGACCAUGAAGGACACAGCUAGCGUGGACAGCAGCUUCAUAAGAUACGUAUCAGCAAGGCAGCUCUUCAAAGCACACAACAUGUCUCUUCCAAUUAUUAAUGCACUGACCUUUAAACCUAGUUGCGAAUCGCUAUCCUCAUCUAUCCGUCCUGGAAUGGUCUCUCUGCCUACUCUGCCUUAUCUCACGCAACUAGCACCCCCGACCCUCCCACUUACUGUUGAAGAGUGUGUAAGCUCGCUGAUGGUUCUGGGCAACCUCAAAGAGGUGGGGAUUACAGAGGAAAUAGACUGGUCCAUCUUUUUCACCAGCACUCUAUCCAAGGGGACUGUUUCUACCACUGACAAAGCUGCUCCUCGGAGCACUGUGAUCAAUACAGAUGCACUGAUACAAAAAAUUCUAACUAGUAUUGAUUCUGCAACGUCCAUGCAGGGCAGAAGCUCAGAUAAAGAGCUUUUGUCAGGAAAGUUAUUAUAUCUCUCUAAGGAAUUAUUUAGUAACCUAACUAACGUGCUUCCUCACUUCUUCUCCAAAGGGAUUCGAUCAGAAGGUGCAGCUGGAGGUAAUCCCGAGUCUGUAGACCACGAACUUGAACCUGAUGCCUUAGAUUCCGCAAAAACAGGUCAGGGGCAAUCUGUGGAGUCUCGACAUAAUGAUAUUUACAUCUUACUCAACGACGAUAGGAGCUUUGACCAACUUUAUCAACCACCGCUGGGAGACUCUCUGGGACGAUACUAUACCGACCCAGGGUAUGAUAACCUUACGCCAUAUGCAGUCUACACAGGCGACUCCAGUAGUUCCAUCAGCGGCGAUGGUCUUAAUCAAUCCAUUUAUGGAAUAAACACUAAGUCUGGACUCAAUCCGGACGGGCUGUCUAAGCAAGAGCAGUCCUUGUACGAUUCACUAAAUAUACUGAGUCUCCAGUCCUCCGAGCUUGUGUACGAUGACAUUCUUCGCGUCAGUCCCUCUGUUCACUCGGUUCAAAAGUUCUUGCUCAACCCAAAUGCCUCAAAGCCUCGUGCACCGAUUGAAGUUGAACAGCUCAAUAGUCUGCCAGGCACUCUACUGAAUGACAAGGAUCGGCUAGAGUAUCGCAAUGUGAUGUACGCUUGGAAGGAUGCUGCACGUUCAUACUCGUCCGGUUCAAAUGGCUGGAUUGCGCAUAAAUAUUGCACAACUGCUGGAGCCAGUGUUUCAGUGUCUUUGGAUAAGCUGUGUGCAAUAGUCCUUGGGCUUAUCACCACCUGCUCCGCCAAUGAAAAGACCAGCAUAGGCGCUCGUCUGCUCAGCGACGAAGCACAGAAAGGAAUAGAUGCAUGGGACUGUCUUACUAGUGAUUGUGAGCAUGGCGAAAACUCGUAUUUGUACAAAAUACUCUACACAGCACUGACUUAUAUACGGUUCAUUGCCCUCUCUAAGAUGUGGACAGACAUGGUGUUAGAAAUGACAAAGAUCCAUGCCAUAUUGGCUAAUACACGCGUAUUAGUUGACUUUCUUGGAGGCGACUUUUCACGAGUUAGCGACAUUACUUAUUCAAAGGAUGCUCACGAAGACUCAUGCAGUCCAUCUAGGUCUCCACAGCGUCCUGCCAUGUCCUCGAAACGGGUGUUGCCACCACGCCCAUCCACAGCAUUAGGAGUACAAACGACUAGGUCUCCUCUAAGAUCUCCUCUUCGAGAACUGCGAAAGACCCCCGUUGAAUACGAGGAUGUGGAGCCAGGAGUAUCACAAUCACAUUGCAGAUCGCAGGCUGAAUUAGCAGAGAAAGAGACCCCAGAUGGUGCUGCAAAAACAGAGCUAGACGUAAUUUUGAAUGUACAGCCCAUUGAGUAUUCGAGCACAAACUUUGCUAAGGACCCUCUGCUGGGGGCUCAAAGAAAUUCAGGUGGUUCGGCUGGAGAAAAAGUAAUUUGCCGGUCGCCCACUAACAUCCCCGGUACGAGCGAUGCAGCCUGUCGUAUAGCAGGGCAGUGCGAGUACACAUAUAACGAUUUGAUCAAUACUGACAGUCUACCAAGCUAUAUUUCACCACUGGACAAACUUUGGUACAGCCUCCUCUAUCUCAAGAGGACACAGACUCUUCAAGAUAGUAUGGCUAUAGGCGAAUCUGCAUCUGCCUCGUUACAGACAUCAGCACACGACGCUCUACCUCUGAAUACAGCUGAUAUCCCGCAAAAGCUUAGCGAUAGUGCACUCAAUCACCUCUUUCUGAUUGCUGAGGACGGCGUGUACUCCCUUAGUCGUAAGAAGCUAGUAUUCCAAUCUGCAAUAGCAGAUGUUGCUGCCAUCCUGCGUGAUGACCACAUUGCGAUAAGCAUCUACAUCUCCAGAGUCUUUGCUCGCAUGAAGACAGCUGCCUUGCGGCUUUGCUUCAAGAGAAGCAGCUUCUACCGGUACCUUUUAGAUGAAAAUAAGGACCCAGAGAGUUCUCCAAAUCUAGCCAAGCUGGGUAACAAGUACAUGUAUGAAAAUCUGGGGAAGGCAGACAAAGCUCUAGUAGACUCCGUCUCCCUGGAAACGGUUGUAGAUCGGCUGGGCAUCCUGUACGACGUACUAACCCGCGAACUUCAGUACCUUUGCGCUAAGAGAAAGGCUAUAUCGUGCAUUUACGAGUCACUUCUGCAUACAUAUGAUGUAGGAAAGGCAAGGGAGAUCCAACAAGUUAUCUACAACUUAGCCAAAAACAGGCCAAAGUGCUUUCUUUCGUACCCAUCCAUGCCCUGCUUUAACGAUGAGCUGAACGUAGACGACCUGGAUUCGGGCCUCUUGGCAAACCACAGCGUGAGCGAGCUUCCAGUCAUUUCUGCGGCGGCCCUAACUGUCAGAAUGCUUCCACACCCUGCAUAUCCUUUAGAAGUUGAGAUAAAAACAAUGCACCAUCUUGUGGGUAUUCUAACUUCUGCCAUUGAUCAUGAGAUGAAGCACCACUAUACGAAGGUCAGCUCUCAUGUAGAUCAUGCCUUUAUCUCACAAAAAGAUUUGGACACCUCUAAGUCAACUAGGAAUGAAGAUAAGUGGGCCAGUAGGCAUGCUGGGUUCACAGUCUUUCCAUUUGGACACGUACCCCAGAGCUUAGAGAAAGAUCCCGAGUCAUUCUUCAGCAUACAGUCACCCUGUACUCCUGCAAGAUGCCAUGUUGUAGGUGCAUACAUUCCCACUCUCUCAGAACUGUACAGAAUUCCUCUUGCCUUGAAUCAAGCGUCUGCAGAGCUCUUUGGAGCGUUCAUCUCAGAAUCUAACCCAAAACUCUUCACCACUGUUCAGACCGUUCUCUCUACCUCAGAUGGUGCGCCCAUGAACAAAGUCCACAGCUUUCCAAUUUACACGGCGAAGCUAUCGCUUACUUGUAGACUCUCUGUCGCACGGGUGUUUGCAAGGGAGUCAGUUCGCUUGAUCAAGUUGUGGCGAGCUAAUGGAAGUACUUUGCCCAAAAACACGCAGAUCUUCACAAAUUCUGGGUUACUUGGUUGUUCUAGGCCUCUGAUUCAUCUUCUUGAAACCGCAAUGGUGCAGAAGAAGGCAGAUAGCGACAAGUCCAUUUGUAACACAGUCUCGUCAGACAAGAACAUUGUGGCCGAGAGGCUUGUAUGCAGUCUCAUUGGGCUUAUGGUUCCGGCGGGAGGCGGAUACAUAGGAAAGGGCACCCUUACCAUCAAGGAAAAGGCGGAGCGCGCACAGCAAAUUUUAGAGCAGCAGCAAAAGGCUGCUAAGCGACGACCUGAUCGCGCGGGCAGUGCGCUUCGCAAAAAGUUACGGUCUAGGGCUCCAUCCGCAACUGGGAGUGCACACAAUUUAACCAAGUCAGUUCAAAAUAACACCUCUGAGGUAGCAACCAAGAGCGUACUAGACCAAAGUGCAGUGGGCAGUGCAGUGGGCACUUCUACGCUACGAGUAACGACAAAAGACGAUCUUAGUCUUUCUGUGCGAGAUGGGACAGCGAGCCCGGGGUCAGCUAUGUUUUCAACAACUUAUGGGGGUAUUUCAACCUUUUCAACAGCUAACUUCUCUGCAUUCAAUGACCCAGAUGGCCCAAGCAAGAACUUAAACGAUAUCGACCCGAUAGAAGCGGACUUUAUUGAACUAGAUAGCGUUGAAUUUGGCCCGCUGGCCGAGCACUUUGCACGGUCUGUGACGCUGAAGGAUAUCUUUAUUUAUCUGGACCAGGGAGCACGAAUACAAGUUUCAAAUCUACUGAAGGACACCGAUCUUCGCAUCUGGGAAGGAUACCCCGACGUUCUCCCUAUGCCAUUCUUCCUGCUUGUUCUACUCCUUAACCUGUUGUGGAGUAGGCAUCUUCUGGCCACAGCAACUGUUUUUUCGCAUGUUCUUAGAAACGUCGAGCUAAGUCAGGUGGAGGUGUUCACCGGCGAAGUCAUUUCUAGAAAUUGCAUACCCCUAUUUCCACGGCUGGUUCUUGCGAGCAGCUUUUCCGCCACAACUGCACGAGCGUCUAAGAAUGUACUGGCCAAUCGCUCUUACACUGACUUCAGUGUGCUAAAAAAUACUAACAUGCAGUCCAAGAUGUCAGAGGAGAUUGCAGCAGAAGCGUACAACUAUAAGGAGUAUGUAUCCUAUGAUGCGCUCCUUAACAAUCUUCCAUUUCUAGCAACAAUUGACGUUGAAGCAAUGCACUACCUUCUCACCGUUAACACAGAGAGCCCAAUACAUUUGUUGACGUGCCUUCUCUCAGAAGACUUUGACCUUGGCUAUGGAAUAUCUACCAAGAUGACGACGAUCCUGGGAGAGACGCUUCAAGAAGUGCUGAACUCCGGCAACAUAAAGGGUGUUUGCGACUCUCCCCUCAUAUCCGAUUUCCUUCAGGGGGUAACUGGGAUCUUCGGGAGAACAGCGCACACGGAGGUAUGCCUCAAUUCGUACAGGUCAGCUGUAAUUAGGAAUAAUCAGUUUUCAGCUGUCUUUGCAGUGAUGAGUAAGGCUGUUCAUGGAUAUUACGAUGCCUUUGCACGUAGGAGACACCUUGUCAAUAGCUUGAUUGCAAUGGAUCCUGUCGAGACACAGUCGGCGUUUAUGCACAAGUACAAGUGCAUGAAGGUAGGCUUGUUUUUCGCUAAUUCCAUUCCUCUUGUUAAUGCAACCAAGGACCAAGUCAGCUUUUUUGUUUCAUCAGACCGUACUGUUCCACUAGAUUUGUCUAAUAUCUACUAUGUGUCCUCAGAAGAAACACUAAGCAAGAUUGCAUUGUUGGCCAGUGCAGAGUUCCGCUAUCGUACCAAGCAAUUUCAUAGUGAUGAUCCCAAUCCAGCUGCUCUCUUUGCAUACCGUCAGGCCCUCUUUUACACGUGCUGCCAAGCCCUUCUUACCGAGACAAAACGGACUGCCAUAACGGCGCAGAUCAAGGGGCAGCUCUCUGCGCUUCGAAGCGUGCUACAAGAGAUUAACCAGGACAAGCUCACCAUUUUGCUGGACUCUCCUCCCUUGUAUCGAGGAGUACUGGAGCAAGCGCCAAACAUGAACUCUACCGAAAUGAUACUCACUGCAGAAGGCUUCCUGAGCAAUCCUUUCACGAUACCACACCCUAUUACGUUUCAAUUAGAAAGCAAUCAGAUAUCCAUUUUGGAAAUCAUACUCGUGUAUCUAACGUGCCUGGAUUCUGUGGUACAGUAUGCGGUUAUUAAGACCUUGCUUAACUCCAGCGACAUAUGGUUUGCUGCCGGCAUAAUUAACGAUGAACUAAAGUUCAUGCCUGAAUUGCAACACGUAACCGUGCACCUAAACAAAGGCCACAGUCUCAACGUGCAUCUCCCGUCUGAUGGCCCUCUCGUGCGCUCCGGUGAUCACGUUAACCAGGGUGACCAAGCAAAAGCCCUCAGCGCUACUGAUCUCUUCGCACUUCUCACUCCUUCAUGCAUUUAUCUGGAAGACAAGGAGCUUCAGAGCAUGAAUUGCGCAUUGACAAGUGUGGUCCAUGAAUACCUGAGCGUUAUCUCUGUGAAAGGGUAUGCUAGGCCUAAAGACUCCAAGGUGAUCCGUGACAUAAAGGAGAACUCGUCAUAUAUUCUUCCAGAGGAAGCAAUAAAUACGGGAGAGAAGCGCCAGGAGACAGUGCUGGUGGAUAGGGAGGCUAUUACAGUGCAGUCAAAGACGCGAGUGAUGGAGAUGGAGCUUGAGGGUACCUUAGAAAACACGCAGGAUGACAUCUAUGUAUUGUAUGACACGGCCAAGCGGAAUCUCGAGUACUGCAAGCUGGACAUCUUUGUCAAGAAGCUGAUUGAGAUGAAAGACCGUGUUGACCUGCUUCUCCUGUCCACAGUGGCCCAUGCAACAAAUAGUUAUGUCCAUAAAGGACUGGGGCUAGCUGCACGUUCAUUUUUACGGACAGCCCAGAUCCUGGCAGUGAGGUACAACUAUCAGCUCGGCAUGCAUGGCUUUAAUUUAGAAGUACACCCGACUGCCCUCUAUACGAAGCUGGCCACAACUGCUCUUCAAAGAAGCAUGAAAGAGAACGCAGGCGCAAGCCCAUAUACGCCUUUUCCAGGCAAUUCCAUAGAUACUGUCUCUAGAAGCAGUUCGGAGUUAAAACUGAAGCAUCAAUGUUUAGAACCAUACGACGUAUCCCUUAAGACCCCAUUCUAUUACCAUAACAAGAUGGUGCGCUCGGCGAUAGAGCAUCCACAUACUUCAAUUGCCUCAUAUUGCACUCGGAACAGUAACGUUGUGGUAACUCUUGAUCCAGAAAAGCACACAGAAACAAAUGGCUCGAAACCUAGCGACCAGAAUAUUCCAGAUAACGAUGGUGAAAAGAAGUUGAAUUUCACAUACCCUUUGCAAGCAAAUAUCAAAAGGACCGCUGACUAUCAGAUUGGAUCAGUAUUUUCGUCCCAUCCUACCUCCUCCUAUGCUGCAGGACCUACCAUGUCUCUCAUGGCAUGCAUGAAUAUCCCUGUUAUGGACGGCAUCUCUAAUUUCCACUCUCGAUUUGCAUUAACAAAUGCUGUGGCUCGCAUUCAGCUUUACAAGAUCGGCAUUUCAAGUUCUGGCCUGACAAAUCGGCUUCCCUUACUACUGGAUCCUGUCGUUUUCCACUAUAUUUCGGGGUCCUUAUCUUGUGGCUCCCAACAAGCUUCUCCUUUAACAAUACGUCCCUAUAUUCCAUCUACGAUACGAGCUUUUACAAGCUUCUCUUACAUCAACACAUAUAAUGCCCCCUACUCUAGUCCUCUACACAUCCGCGCUCUUGCCAAUGGGUUUGGUAUUAAUGGUUCUAUUGGGGCCUAUUUCCCGUUUGGGUUGUGCUAUGACUUCACGUUACUCAAACAACGUAAGCACAGCGUGCUCGACACUAGAGCCUCUGUUGCUUGCACGGCAAAUCUGAGCACUGACUUGGACUUUGGAGAGAGCGCUGUCCCCAGUCCUAGCUCCCCUCAGACAGACUCGGAGAUAUUCCCUGGGUCUUUGUAUCUUCCUGCCAUGAUAACAGAUCAAAGUGCCUCUCUGCUAGCUGGACUAACAUCACUAGAGUUGGAUGCUCUUUGCAUAACCGAACUGACUCGCUCGUCCAACAAGGAGCGUGAGCAACCCGGGUAUGGUGCGGAGGUAGAGACUGAUGCGGGCACAAACAUGGCAGAAGGCAAGAGUAACUCACCGUCUUGCGAUAAGUCAUCGUGGGCCGGAAAAAAGAUAGAGAGCAUAUUAGCAAGCCGGAUAAUUGAGCAGGACAGGCUCGAGAGGCUCUACUUGCGGCUGCACGGGUUUAAUGAUAACCAUAAGCACUCUGCACUUCUCUCUCCCGUUGGGAUCUUUGGGGUGCAACGUGCCUUACAAAUGAUGCGUAUACCGUUCAUCAAAAAGCUACAGGAAACACGCCAGCAAGAGGAUGAGCUUAACAAAAAGAGGAGCGUCUUUGAUAGAAGCAAAGGUCCAACACUUGUCGCUCUAAAGAAGCGGGAUAUGCAAACAUUCUUAGCUUUACCACUUUUUGUAUAUAUGUCCGAGCGAACAACAGACAAGGUAGCGGUUAAGGCCGAUGUGCAAUCCUUCCAGGAGUGUCUUUUCAUCCUGCGAAGCGUCCAGACAGAAGUUCUUUGCGAAAACAUAAAAUGUAUAGCCAUGAGACAGCUCUGGAGAAGAAUUGGAUACCUUGAGAACAAUCUUGCAGGACUUAACAAGUACAACGCCCUUACAGAUGCGACAAUAGACUUUGGCAGCGGUGCCUCCUCUUUAGGAUCUGCUUACAUUAACUUCCUGUCUUCCAUAGGCGAGGGGGUGCGACUAAGCCAGAUGGCAAAUGUUCUUAGUCGUGAGCGCUCAAAUGCUAAGGCAUCCUUUGGGAUAUCAUCUCUCAAGCAAAUCCCUCCAUCUAUAAUAGUAUCCAUGGGACUGGCCUCAGGACUCGUCGACACCAUGCCAAGCGAUAUUAUAAGCACCUCGGGCUUCAGGGACGCGGGACUUUCUAACAGUGCUGCUCUAUCAGCAAAGAUUAAAGCAACAAAGGCACUUGUGGACAUACUAGAGACCGGUAUCAUUGAGGGAGGAGAUGCCGCUAUAAAGCAGUUAAAAGCUAAGGCAGUUGAUAGCCUCGAUCAAGCAUAUUUGAGCUUCGAUGACUAUUCGCUCAUGAACAUGUAUAUUAUCCGGAUAAUGUCUGGCUUCAUCAAUUUCACGGUGUCUAGGUUGGCAUCUAAGCUCAAACGCGAACUGCUGGGGGUUCAGAUAAGGAACCCGAUGUCUUUUCUUUAUACACUAUCCAGUGUGUAUACUGCAGCCCAUGCAAACGCACUAAGCUAUACACUUGACAUGCCCUCUUAUGUGAGCACGUCUCUAUUGCCAAAAGCUUCUGCAACGCCUCCUCUAUCUGAGAGCACUAGCUCACUUGAAAAGGAGCGAUUUUCCCUGGAGCUGCUCCUCUUCAGAGUAGAGAAUGUCACCGAGAAGUUCAACGACCUGGCGGUCGAUGUUGCAGGGUCAAUGGCUGCAAUUGAAAGUUACUUCACAGAUAUUAUUGGUAAGCGCACAGGAGCUCUUGGGCUGAAGCUUUAUAAGCAAAACUAUCGAAACAUAGAGGCUUUCCACUCCCGAAAGCAUGCCCUACGGGAGGAGAUCACACGAAGAGCUUUGGCAUCGCUGAACCCUGUAGCCACUGCCUAUACUGAGGAGCUCACAACCAUGACACUGGAAUGCUACAACAAUGUCAAAUCGUUGCACAUCAAGGAAACUUGCCUCAGGAACGCUCUUCAUGCAGAGAUGAGCCGCCGGAUUCUUCUCCUCUACGAUAGUAUACUCCUAGCAAAGCGCCACAGAUAUCUAUUACUAAGCCGUAAGCAGGAUACGAUACAUAGGGCAGUGCUGAACACGAGAAAGUCGUACAUGACUACACUGGGCUAUAUAUCCAAGGAUUUUGCUCAGCAAAACCCUGCAUCAGAGCGUGCCACGGGUGCGAUCGGCGAUGACAACCUCGGAGAAUAUGACUACGAUAUCAUUGCCAAGUAUGACGCCAUGCUCAAGGACCUAACGGAGGAGUGGGGAAAUGUGCGUAUACGCUUGCAUUUAGAACGGAACUUCAGUAAUCUGUACAUUUCCCAUCUCAGGACGAAGUUGUCAGACCUUUUAAGCUCAAUAGGAGACGAGCUUUCCAAAUACAAUAAGGAUAUAUGGAUAGCCUCUGCCCGCGGAAAGGAGAUAGAGCUGACUCUUGGGAGUAGAGUGCACAACUUGCAGGCGAUAAUAGCAGAUAAGACAUCAGAGACAACUGAGCUGCGCGCUCAGAUUGAUGGGCUCGCGGCCAAAAGAAAUAGAGUCGAGUCUGCCCGUCACCCAGAAAAGAUGGGUGACAGUGAUAGUAAUAAGUCUUCUCUUCCAGGUCUUGACAAGGCUGGGACUCAGCUAGCAGUGGAAGGGAAAGGGGCUUCAAUAUAUGGUUUAGCUGCCAAGAAGUUUCUUCCAGAGCUCUCUAAGGCUGCGGUGAAAGGAGGAAUCAAGCUGUGCACAGAUGCGGAGGUUCAGCUUAUUCAGCUAAAGAAGCUAUCGGUAGAGCGUGAGUCCUUGGCUGCUGAGAAGCAGCGCUUAGAACAGGCAAUCAACCAAAUCCGGCGCCAAUCUUCUGUGACAGAGAAUAACCUGCGGCGCUCAAUCCAGAAGGAAAAGCACGCGAUUACUACUGCCGAGACGCAGUGCACAGAGGCAAUGUCUCGUGCGACAGCGACAAAGGCAUCAGUAAGCGUCCUGCAGCAAAAUGCAGCGUACAUAGAAGACGAGGCGGCCGAGCAGGACAGGCAAAGGCUUCUCAACGAUAUAGACAAUGCCAUGCAAGACGUUGCAUCUAUGAAGGAGAAGAUUGGAAAUCUGACCCGUGCGUAUCCAGAGCUCUUCUUACAAGAUAUGUGA